AUGGGCCACAUGGCGCUCUUUGCGGAUCCUGACUUUGCCCAGUUCUCCCAGGAGAUUGGCUUGGCCUCCUUGGGAGCCAGUGACGAUGACCUCAAGAAACUUGCCACGCUCUAUUUCUUCUCCAUCGAGUUUGGUCUGUGCUCGGAUGGGCAGGCGGAACCUGCUGCCAACGGCACCAAUUCGACACCUGCCAUUAAGUACAAAAUCUAUGGAGCAGGGCUUCUUAGUAGUGCAGGAGAACUGCAG